GAAGAAGAAGUGAUCAGAUGAUCACACACCUUUUGAAAAAAUAGCGGGAAACGGACGGCUCGCACUUUCUCCUGCUUCAUUUAAACUUCCAACUCACAUAAGAAAAGAAAGAAAGACUCUUCCUCUCUGUCGUGUAUGAAGACCAAAGAAACCGUGACUUGGCAACAUCAUCAUGAAGAAUAACAGCAUUUUGAAAUACUUUGGGGUGACAAAAAGCAAAACAUUAAGAAGCAUGGAUUAUAUACCUUAUUUAUAAAAAUAGAUUUUCAAAUUUCUUUGCUUGUCUAAUUACAUUUACUAUUUUCUUAUGAACAUUGUAUUGAAUUGUUUAGCCUUAGAUUGUUUUCCAUUUCAGAAAAGGCAGCCAGAAAGUAACACUGAAGAUAGAAGGGCGUCACAAGCUGCUGGCAAUGCUCAGGAAAAAAACCAUGUAAGCAAGAAAAAAGAAAAGGGGCUUGGAACUAAUGGCCGUGAACCACUAAAGGAAAGAACAAACCAAUUUUGUAAGGAGAAAGUGGAAGAGGGACAAUCAAAAAGUCAUCUGCAGCAGAGUCCUGAAGGGCAAAGCCACACUUUUAAUUUCCGCUACAAAUCGGAGAAAUUUGAAGUGGCGUGUGAUACAUCCAAGACUGUCCUCGAUGCUCUCAAUACAAACAAGAUUUUCAGAAAGAUUAAGAAAGACAACAAGGAGAAAGAAAUAGUGAUCCAGAGAUCCAAAGGAGCAGUUCAUAGAGCGGCGAUCAAGACCGAUUUCCCCUGCUGUCUCGUUGAAAAAAAUGAGCUCUUAGACAUAUCCUUCAUUAAAAGUCAUGAAAAUGUUGCUACAAAGAAAAAAACAACUGGAAGGCUUUCAUUCUCCAAUGAAUCAAAAGGCUUCGUAAUAUUUUACAUUAAAACAAAAGGAGGGGAGAAAGUGAAACGCUUAAUGAAAAACAAUGAGCUGAGGAUGAAGGUUGAAGAUGUUUGUGUGUAUGCGUUCAAAGAUGACAAACUGAAUGCUGCUCUUCGGCGUGACGGACGAUUCAGCAAUGCCAUAUUCAAGAAACAGUGUGUUCUCUAUAACUUGGAGAGCGAGACCAAAUAUGAAAUGUCAAAGACCGUAGAGCAUCUUGAUGGAAAGCAUUUUAAGAUCCUUGUUAUCAGUGACAUCAACCAGCCAGAUAGCCCAGAUUUUGUCUCGAGUGAUGACAGCGCUGAAAUGAAUGAAGCUUCAGCCGCUGAUUUGAAAGAAAAUGUUGAUCAUAAUGAACCUCCCAUCAACACUGAACAAGAAGAAACACAGAAGAAAAGCACAGUGAAAUCCACAAAACCUAUUAAACCCACAAAAACUAAUUCUCCAAAAAUAAUUCCAAAGUCUGAAGAGGUUCUAGCAAUUCUGCGUGCUCAGUUUAAAGAUUUACUGGAGAUAUUAAUGCAGAGAGAGAACCUGAAGAGCAAAACCGAUAUCAAAAAGUUCUUCAGAGCAGAAUAUGAUAAAAGUGUUCAGAGUUUCUUGGAAGUGAAGAAAGUGAAGCAGCUCAUGACGCUCUCUGACUCUGUGUGUCAGAUUCGAGUGGAGGGAUCCGCCAGAGGAACCGGCUUCUUGCUCUUUGACAGAUUCAUCCUCACUAACGCUCAUGUUGUUGGAGAAUAUGACCCCUUCACCAGGAAACUUUCAAAGGACUUCACAGCAGUAUUUGGCUAUGAAGAUCUGAAAGCAGAGAACACUAGGUGUAUGCCGGUCAAAGAACAUCUUGCAGCGUACUAUCAUGGAUAUAUCAACAAAGAAACAUAUCUUGACUUCGCUCUUCUUGAACUGAAAGAUGCUGAUGAAAUGGCUGAUCGUCCUGGAUUGCUCAGUCGAUACAUUCAUGGCCCCCCUCCUAACCGUGGUGGGAUCUGCAUUGUGGGACAUCCAGGUGAAGGGGUCAAGAAAAUUGACCCCUGCUUCAUCAUUGGGAAAGAGAAUCUACAAGAGGCUGCAGAUAAACACAUCUUGGAGAAUUUCAAUUUCAUUCACGUGAUGACACAACAGUAUUUGGCAGAAAAAUGGGAACUGCACGACAACCAGAUCAUUUAUAACUCUUGUUUCUUUCACGGAUCUUCUGGCUCUCCAGUUUUUGACGAAGACUGUUAUCUGAUUGGCGUGCACACCGGUGGCUACGCGUACAAAGGAGAAAAGUGUAAAACUAGGAGCAUUAUGGAAUAUGCCUAUUCCAUGCAGCCCAUCCUGGAAUGUAUCAUCACACAGGCAAAGGAAAGAAAGAGAUCCGACAUCUUGAAAUUACUCUCUGAACAUAAAUCUUUCAAUCCUAACUUGGAAGACAAUGAUGUUGACAUGGAAGAAGAUCCACAAAAUCAGGAAGAUUUUAUAUGAGCAAUGGGACAGUACAGUCUUGAGUCCUGAUUGAUGAUUUAUUUUUAUGAAAUAUACAAAUUUUCAUUUAUCUUGAGGCAUGUUCAACAUACAAUUUCAUUCAACAAUGUAUAAAUUCUGUAUGGUCAUUGGAUGCAAAUUUGUCCAUCUAUUAAUCCAUAUCAUUGGUUAUGGGUUUUUAUUUUCAUUUUUAAUCUGUUCUUUGUGUAUUGACAUUCUGUUUCAUUAUGUAGCAAUCAGAAAACAGACAGCAGCAUCUUGUUUGUAUAAUUCUCAAUUAUUAAUUAUAUUUUGCUUAAAUUCUAGUAAUCCUCAUAUAUAUAUUCUAUAAAUUCUAUCCAUCUCAUCUCAUUUUAUACCUGCAUGACUGGCUUUCUUCUGUGGAACACAAAAUAUUUUAAUAGGAAAAUUGUUUGGAAAAACACAAGUAAAUCAUAACAGUAUUUUUGGGUGAACUAUACAUUAAGGGUUUAAUAAUAUAAAUUGUUCUUAAAUUGUACUUGAAUAUUUUUGAUUGCUUCAGAUUGCUCAAUGCUGGUACUUUCUGCUGCUUCAGAAAGAGGCUUACAUCUGCAUGCAUGCACUGUAUAUCUUUUUAAAGAUCUUCUUCUUUUCUUUUUUUACUUUAUAUUUUGUACCUAAUUUUUGCUAUAUUAAAUAAUCAUGCUUUAAAAUA